CGAGGGGAGGUAGGCAGGUGGAAGCAGGGUUUUGACAGUGCGGCGUGUUGGGGGGUUGGGGUUGUUGUAGUAGCCCUCCGCAGGAGAAAAGCGCUCCGCAGGAGCACCCGGAGGGCCGCCGGAGGCAAAAGGGGGGUCCCAGGGGGUCUCCCCCUGGAAAUUACCGGUUAAGCAGUAAAAAUCAGUAAAAAAUAUAAAUUACCGGUUAAGCAGUAAAAA